AGCUAAGCCAGGGAAAGAAAUGGAUCCAGUGACAGCACAUGGACGCCCUCUUCCGCUUCCUUUCCUUAGCCGAGACCUCCACAGCAGCUUCACUCCUCAUCAUCCCCAGUUCCAGUCACCCCACCACCACCACCAGCACAACUCCGAGGAUGACAACCUCAGCAACGACAGCAGCUUCGGCCGCCACCGCCAGAAACGGGAUCGCGACGACUACUCCUCCACCUCUGCCGCCACCGAUUCCCCCGCUGCCCCCGCCGACGACGGGAAAGCAGCUGUUGUUGCGGGAGGAGGCAAAGAGGUCUCGAGGAGGCCGAGGGGCCGGCCGGCGGGUUCCAAGAACAAGCCAAAGCCCCCCAUCAUCAUAACCCGGGACAGCCCCAACGCCCUCCGCUCCCACGUCGUGGAGGUCGGGAGCGGUGCCGACAUCUUGGAAAGCAUGUCGACCUUCGCGAGGCAACGGCAGCGCGGGGUCUGCAUCCUGAGUGGGAGUGGGACCGUCACCAACGUCGCCCUCCGGCAGCCGGCUUCCCCGGGAGCAGUCGUGACGCUGCAUGGGCGGUUCGAGAUCCUGUCGCUGUCCGGGUCGUUCCUACCACCCCCGGCCCCGCCGGCACUGUCAGGGCUGACUGUGUACCUGGCGGGCGGGCAGGGGCAGGUGGUCGGGGGGAACGUGGCGGGGCCCCUCGUGGCGUCGGGGCCAGUGGUGAUAAUGGCAGCUUCGUUCGGGAACGCCGCUUACGAGAGGCUCCCACUCGAGGAGGAGACAGGGAUGGCGGCGCCGGUGCCGAGCAACAGUCAGUUGGGAUCGCCUGGAAUGGUCGGGCAGCAGCAGCAGCAGCAGCAGCUAAUGCCUGCAGACGCGAACGGAGCGUUAUUGCAUGGUUUUGCACCGAACCUAUUGAAUUCAUGCAAUUUGCCCGGUGAGACAUACUGGGGAGCUGCUCGCCCUCCUCCUUAUUGAAUUAACCCAAAGAAUGGAACAGAUUUACCCCAAUUUUUCUGUUGAUGUGUUCUGCGGAUCUACCUUCUUUUUUUUCUUCUUCUUUCUUUUAAUUUGACUUUCUUUCUAGUGACCUUUCCUUCCUUCUACCUUUUUUUUUCUUGUUACUUACUAAUAUGUGGUGGUCGUGAUGUUAGUCAUGUGGUGUUUUCGCCUCCUAUAAUUGAUUUGAAGAAGGAUGUGUAAAUUCAAAAGGAGAUUCUUUUCUGUUGGGUUUUGGUUUUGAUCAAAGUA